GCCGGACUUAGUACCACUGCGGUCGCCCAGCCGUUCUGUUCUGUUCUGCUCAGUUCAGUUUUCCUCGUUUGGAAGUACAUCUCGUUCCCGAUCAUUUCUGGAAAAUCGCAUCCACCGGAUAGGAUAGUUCUGCCAGAAGACAUUGCGCGCACGCGAUUUCGCCCGAUGGAAAGUGAAUAGCCUGGGCAGAUAGGACACACUAAUUGAGUGGAAAUAAAGUGCAUAGGUGCAACAUAAAUAUCAGUUGGUGAUCACUUCGCGAAAACAAAAAUGUCAUUCAUAAUGGAAAAGCUGUUCAACGGAUACAAUCAGUUCAUUUGGAAUAAUCGAGAUGAUCGGAGUAACCACCUACCGCUGAUGGAUGGCACCUGGCAGGUGCCGACUAUCAUUGCGGUCUAUCUAAUGGCAGUGCUCAAGUUCGGACCACGCUUCAUGGAGAAUCGUAAGCCGUACGAUCUGAAAAAUUGGAUCCGACUGUACAACCUGGUGCAGAUUGCCGCCAACAGUGCCUUCUUCCUAUAUGAGAUCUACCUACUCAUCAAACGGCCCAACUUCUCGUACGUGUGCCAACCAGUGGACUUCUCCCGAGCGGCCAGCGGCUACGAGGAACUCUACAUCUCCUACGCAUACUUCCUGCUCAAGGUGCUGGACCUGGCGGACACCAUGUUCUUCGUGCUGCGAAAAAAGACGUCCCACGUGUCCUUCCUGCAUGUCUACCAUCACGCCAUAAUGGUCACCAUGACGUACCUCGGAGUGCUGUUCGUGCCUGGAGGUCACAUCUAUCUGCUGGGACUGUGGAACACGCUGGUGCAUGCCGUUAUGUACACGUACUACUACUUGGCAUCGUACGGAUCUCCACUGGCCGCCCGGUUCAAAAAGUACAUGACCCGGAUACAACUGGUGCAGUUCAUCCAUCUGGGAAUCCACUUCGGUCGACCGGCGCUAACAGGAAUGGACUGCGGAUUCCCACUGCUGUGGCACUGGAUCGGGUUCGGGCAGGCCAUCUUCAUCUUGGGCAUGUUCCUGGACUUUUACAUCAAAUCGUACGUGAAGAAACCGAAGGCUCAGUGACGGGUAAAACGAUUGGCAUAGCUGAAGAUGGUAAUUUUUACAAAUGGAUUAGCAGUGCUUGGGUUGUUCGUGUGACAUCGAAAAAUGACGACAAUGCAUUGCUUUCCGGGGGGAGUUUCAAAUGAGGAUCGGUUCUGUGAAGCGGUCUCAGUGAUUCAACGUAGUACUUGGGUAAGUCAUGAUGUGAUGUGAGUACUCGCUAGACUUAAGACUGUAUGUGACAUAACUAGUAAGAAAAUAAUAAAGCUUAAUGGUUAGUGAUA